AUGGGAAUGGAAAGCAAUGAAAGUCUCGACCUCCUAUCCGUCUUCCUGACUGGCAUCCCAGGAUUGGAGGCCCAACAUGGGUGGCUUUCCAUUCCUUUCCUCACCAUGUAUAUUGUAGCCAUUGUGGGUAACAACCUAAUCAUGGCAGCAGUGCAGGCAGACCCUGCCCUACAAAAGCCCAUGUACCUGUUUCUCUCCAUGUUGGCUGUGACAGAGGUGGGUGUUUCUGUGUCUACACUGCCCACUGUCAUGGGUAUUCUUUGGUUUGAUGCCCGCCAGAUUGACUUGGAUGGGUGCCUGGCUCAGAUGUUCUUCAUCCACACCUUCUCUUGCAUGGAAUCUGGGGUCCUAUUGGCCAUGAGUUAUGACCGCUUUGUAGCCAUCUACAACCCACUGCGAUAUACAGCCAUCCUAACCCUGCCCCGUGUCAUAUGCAUGGGUCUGGGCAUCACGCUGAAGAGUGUGAUGCUCAUGGCCCCACUUCCAGUCCUUUUGAGGUGACUGCCUUAUUGCCACACAGAUGUCCUCUCCCAUUCCUACUGCCUCCACUCAGAUCUGAUCCAGCUGCCAUGUGCUGAUACGAAGCUCAAUAGUGUCCUGGGUUUGGCCAUUGUCCUGGCCACGUUUGGGCUGGACUCACUGCUCAUCGUGGUCUCUUAUGUGCUGAUUCUUUACACGGUGCUGGGCAUUGCUUCUGGGGAGGGACGGCGGAAGGCUCUCAACACAUGUGUGUCACACAUCUGUGCGGUGUUCGUGUACUACGUGCCCAUGAUUGGUGUGUCUGUGAUGCAUCGUGCCACCAUGCAUGCCUCACCCUUGGUCCACACACUCAUGUCUAGUGUCUACCUCUUUGUGCCUCCUGUGCUCAACCCCAUCAUCUACAGUGUCAAGACCAAACCAAUCCAACAGGGAAUUUUCACCUUGUUCUCUUGCAAGAGAAAAUUGCCCUGA